AAUUUGGGGUGCUGCCUGCUGGGAGAAACUGGAAACAUAGGAAGGACACUGGGGUGACCCAGGCCUUGUCAGGUCCUGUGACUCUUGGAAUCGCUUGGGGUGGAAGGAAUUUGGAUGUGCCCAUCUUUACCUCAAAACAAACAAGGAAGCACACUGCCUGCCACACUUGAGGCUGCAGCAUGACCAGCCAGGGAAGUGGGGCACCUCUGAAUUGAGAGUAGGACUCACCAACAGAUAUUUUGAGCCUGAACAGACUCCAGUUUCAGGGGUACUCACCCCCAAAACUGAGCAUCUAAGCAGUGCCAGGAGGCAAGCCCAGGGUUUGGGAGCUCAUUACAUACACCAGCCAUGUUUCUGCGAAGGCUUGGUGGCUGGGUACCUCACCCCUGGGGUCGCCGCAAGCCAGACCUGCCAGCUCCACAACCCAGACGGUUGGACAGCUCCUCGGAGAAUUCAGGGAGCGACUGGGACAGUGCCCCAGAAACUAUGGGAGAGGUGGGACCUCCUAAGGCCAAGGACUUAGGAGCACAGAGGCGCUCUGUGGCUGCUCCAGAACUAAGCAGAGAGUCCUAUGUUGAGCAGUCGGGGAGCAAAAGAAUGGAUUCCCUCAAGUGGGACAGGGCCAGCUCUAGCACUCAAGAGUCUGGGAGACUAGAGGCCGAAGGAGCCAUUUCCAAACUGAGAUGGGAUCCUAUGGACGCAGGUGGCACCAAGAGACCUGGAAUGAUGCUGGAAGGGGGACUGAGUUCCCAUGAGCCUGACGUCCCGGCAGAGAAACCAGGCCGGCGUCAGAAGCUGCUGGGCUGGCUGCGGGGUGAACAAGCUGGGAGAGAUGGGGCUCCUUCACAAUACCUGGGGAGCCCAGAGGAAAGUCUGCAGAUCUCUACCAACCUGACGCUGCACCUGCUGGAGCUGCUGGCCUCAGCCCUCCUGGGGCUGUGCUCUCGGCCUCUGAGAGCAGCCUUGGAUGCACUGGGCCUGCGGGGACCAUUCGGACUCUGGCUGCACGGGCUACUCUGCUUCCUGGCCGCCCUGCAUGGGCUCCAUGCUGUGCUGAGCCUACUCACUGCUCACCCCCUACAUUUUGCCUGCCUCUUUGGUCUCCUACAGGCCCUAGUGCUGGCUGUCAGCCUCCGGGAGCCCAGUGGGGUUGAAGAAGCCACUGAUUGGGAGGGCGAGAAAUUGGGGAGGGAAGGUGAGGAGCAGAGGGGAGAGCCAGAAAAGGGCCUGUGACUGACUGCAGGGGGGCACGUAACCCAGGACCCCACCCUCACUCGGGUGGUGGCAAGGGUAGUGUGGCCUUCAGGAGGAGAGUGGGGGGCAUGACCCAGGUUGUAAGCACAGGGACCUCAGGGAUGGGGACAAAACCCCAAAGUAUGAGGGCACAGGACCCCCACUCCACACAUGAGAGGCUAGAGCUGUUUAGGGUCUGUGUUUAUGGAUAGUGGGGUCAUUGUCCUUGAAUUCACCAGCUAUUGUUACUUUUGACUUUUACUUUUCUCCCUCCUCUGUUUGUAUUUUCUUGCACCUUCACUUUUUAAAAAAAAAAAAAAAAAAAAAAAAAAAUGUAGUGGUGGGAAAAGGUUCCUUUCUACCUUUUCAAACUCUCCAGCGGGGGAGAACAGAUAACAGGACAGGCUAGGGGAGGAGGGUGAGUGGGAACUCCUUGAAUCCUAGGACUGGAGUCAUCUAGGGAAGAGUAGACUGCUAGGCAGGUAGUUUAGGGGGUCUGGUUGGGCCCCAUGGGUGACAGAGAGUCUAUAGGAGAGAUCUGGGGGCCAGAGGGAAUAGGGAUGGGGCAGGCAGUAUUGGCAGGAGGACUGGCUCAGUGUGGAGAAACACUGGAAUUUGCAGUUCCCACUUAGGGGUUUGUUCAGCAAUAAAUAACUGUGUCAUACCAAAUCCUAAAUAUAUGGUUACAAAGAGAGAGUUACUGCACUCAGUGUCCUUCCUGACGCCGUCCAGCUAGAGGUUUAGGUGGUAGGCGUUCCAGGAGAAAU